UAAUAGUCCAAAUAUGCAUCAAAGACCAUACUAUUUUAUCCUGACAACGUUAUUUGUCUCUUAUCCAAUGGAUCAUAGUAAAGUGUGGAUGCAAUUUUGACCAUUAUUUUGUUGGAAUGCACAUCUCAUCUUGUGUUUUAUCGUCCAUCUUGUGUUUUGUCUGAGAGUCGAUUAGUCAACCAAAGAUGAUUAAUCAACUAAAGAGAAGGAUGACGGAGACAUUCGCAAGGUUAAAAUUGAUAAGACCAACAGCGUCAGAGACCAUCGGUCACGGCGGCUGGAUCCCCAUUCCCCAAAUGGAGACCAACCUGUGCACCGUCGAGAGGCGUGGCCGCGUCCACCUCAUCACCCUCACGGGCGCCGGCGACCACCGCCUCAGCCCGGCCCUCCUCACCUCCAUUCGCUCCGCCGUCGCCGCCUCCGCGGGCGCCGGCGCGCUCGUCCUCGCCGCCGAGGGCAAGUACUUCUCCAACGGUUUCGACCAGGCCUGGGCGCGCACCGCGCCGCCCCACCUCCACGCCACCAUGGACGGCGGCUUCCGCGCGCUCGUCGCCGACCUCCUCGCGGUCCCCAUGCCCACCGUCGCCGCCGUCACGGGCCACGCCGCGGCCGCCGGGUGCGCGCUGGCGCUGGCGCACGACUCCGUCGUUAUGCGCGGCUCCCGCGGGUUCCUGUACAUGAGCGAGGUCGACGCGGGCAUCAAGAUCGUCGACUUCGUUGCCGAGCUGCUCCGCGAGAAGGUUCCCGACGCGGUCGCCAGGAGGGACCUGGUUCUGAGGGGGGACAAGAUGACGGCCGCGGAGGCUGUGCGACGGGGCAUCGUGGACGCGGCCGUCCACGGCCGCGUGGAAGACGUGGUGGCCGCGGCCGUCGCCGCGGCCGAGAAGCUCGCGGCGAGGGGCUGGAACGGGGAGGUCGUGGCCGAGAUCAGGAAGGCCACGUGGCCGGCGGUGUGGAACAAGGUCAAGGACCACGGUGCCGACGCGUCGGCGCCGGCGCAGCCGCGGCUCUAGGCGCGCGCGCCGCGUGCUGUGCUGCUGUCCUGGUACGCCGUACGCGCCAAUUUCUCCAAGCUGCAGUGUAGCAUUUCACAUCAUUCGCCGUACAACUAGAGCUUGUACUAGACUCGUUCUGGAUCAAUAAUUCUAGAUGAAUGGACCUA